CAGCAGGCAGCCAGAACACACACACAGACACACUGACUGACACAAAGCAAGAGUGAGGACGUAAGGGAGAGUUGCUAAAGAGAAGCAGAGAAAGCCUGUCUUCUCUGUUUCCUGGUUGUUUUGUGUCCCUGAUAUGACCCUGUUCAGCCGGAGAUACAUAAGCAUGAGUGGAGAGUUGAAGUCCAGCCGCUCCAGGGCAGCCAGUAAGAGAGCCAGCAACACCACUUAUGGAUCUGAGUUCGACCUGGACUAUGACAGCUAUCACGAGGACUACUAUGACAGGGCGUAUGACUACCAGCGUGUGCCCGCCUCCUUGUCUCCUCUGCCCCUGGGACCCAGUCUGGCCAAGCGAUCGCGCUCCUCCUCCCACUCCUCUGGGCACAGACGCAGUCGAGACAGAACCCACUCCAAAAGCUCCAGAGCCCAAUCCUCUAAUUCAACCACAUCCAAGUUGGGCAUGGAGGAGUUGCAGGUGAUUAAAAAGGAGCUGACUCUGAUAAAGACACAGAUCGAUGGGCUGCUUGACAGUCUUGACAGGAUGGACACACAGAGGAAUGACCACAAAGGGUCUCCCCUGAGAGAGGACAGUCCAGCUGGCUCACCUUACGCUCUGUCUGCCAGCAGCCCCGAGCACUCCCUCUCCUCCCUCUCUCCACCCAGCUCUCGUCAUCGAAUCCACCGAGAGAAACCCGACCAGAGGGAUCUCGAUGAUGACCACCACACGAUGAGCAACCACAGCUCUGACCCUGAGGAGGAAAUAUGAGGGAGGAACAUGAGAAGACACAGAAGACAUGGAUUAAGUGCCAAACAUGAAGGAAGAGAACAACAACGCCCAAGCAAACACUCAUAUCAGAGGCUCAACUCCCUUCCAACAGGGUGUACAUAUCAGACAACACAAUACAUUUAAUUGCAUCAUAGCAGCUUGGUUUCUUUUACUUUAGAGAAAAACUAAAGCACUGACAGAGUUGACUAAUACAAACUGAGUACAUGCACAUCUGAUUGACUAGUAUGUAAGGACAGUGUGUAUUUCACGUUGUAUGCUCUAGCAGCAGCAGGCAUUUCUAAUAAUUUGUAUAAGAGGGUUUGCACCAACACAUAGUAUUAAUCCAAAUAAUACAGUGUUACUCCAAAUGAGACAAUAGGGUUUUCUGAUUAAAACAUUGUUUAAGCAGCUUACCACCUUCGUUCAAACCAGGCCGCUUUCCAUUAUCAGACUGUACAUACAAAAAGUAUUAUGUUUCUGUUAGAGGUACUACAAUGAUUCUGCUGUUUCACCAGUUUCUCCCAAAAACGGAUUUCUUACAUCUUGAAUUAGCUGGAAUACAAUAAAAAUAUAGAACCAGAAAUAUGGGGUUAUAAACCAUGUAAAAAGAUUACAUUAUUAUGAUUUUCAGAAUUAUGGGUAUAUCUAGAAAAUGUUGUGCAUGUACUGAGAAAUGAAAAGCUCUUCUGUGAUUCCCAAAUUAUUUUAACAUGUAAAAGCAAAAGAAAAUACUGUCAAAUUUGAUAUUUUGUUAAUGCUAACCCUUUUUCUCUUUGUUGUAUUCUUCUCAGAAAUCAGAAUUGAACUAGUCAAAGUAAAUCACAGUAAUACUUGAGGGAUGAUAGUCAAACUGAUCAUGCAGGAGAGAAGCUGGUUGCUUUCUGGUUAUGAGUAUCAGAAUACAUACUUCUGUAAACCAAUGUCUUUUGUGUACUUCAAACUUAUUAGAUGAGUAUUACAACUAUUUUCCACCGUGUAUUUGGCACUUUUAAGACAUGCAAAGGCCCAGGUCUGUGUAAUAUUGUGUAUUAUUGUAAACUUUAAUGUAAUUGUUGAACCGUCUGAUUUUAUUCUUGUUUUAGGACUUCUCAUGUUUUUUUUAAAGGAAAACAAUCAUGUUA